UUCCAACUUAUUAAAAACCUGGUCGUAACUGCACGAAUUUCAAGACUUUUUUCUCUGCUCUUUUUCUAUGUCUGAUUUCACUUCACACUUUCCAUCUUUCUCUCACUCUCCUCACUUCACUCUCAACUACCACAUUUCCAAGCAACAUUAUUACCUCAUCUUCUCUCCCUAUAUCAUCUGCUUUCCGUAGAUUCUCUCCUCAGUAACACACCUGUUUUCUCUCUUUUGCAUAAAGAAUCUUUUUGACAUGUUCACAUGUGUGAAUGUGUUUGUUUUCUGCCAAACAACACAGCAUUCGUUAAUCUAGCUGUUGAAGUUGCUAACAUACAACAUUGAGAAAUCAAUUAGCAGUUGCAAAGAAAGAUGAACAGAAAAAGGCAGCUAAAUCAAUUGAAGAAUCCAUUCAAUUCUCAUCCGUUUGAAGCAGUUUCAUCUGGCUCAUGGCAUCCUGUGGAGUCCAUAAAAGUUAAGUCAGGAACUAUGACCAUACAUUUCACAGAUAAUCACCAUAUGGCCAUGGAUAAAGGUACUUUAUCAGACAUUCGAAUAAGCUCAAGGAAAGCUAUUGUGUCUGAUUGCUCCCGAUUUUUACGUCCUGGAAUCGACAUAUGCGUUCUAACACCCCCUAAACAAGCCAAGGAUUCUGCUGGUUUAAAUCCAGAGCCUGUUUGGAAGGAUGCUAGAAUAAGCUCUAUACAAAGAAAGCGGCAUGAUUUCGAGUGCUCGUGUCAGUUUUUUGUUAACUUCUAUGUUGAUCAAGGUGCACUUGGUUUAGAGAUGAGAACUCUUUGUAAGGAUAUCAAAGUAUUCGGACUCAAUCAGAUCUCCAUCCUCCAAAAAGUCGAACAUAAUCCUUGUGAUAAUCAGCCCUACCGGUGGUCUUCAUCCGAGGACUGCUCUUCAUUGCCACACAGUAAAUUGCUAUUGGGAAAGUUUUUAUCCGAUCUUUCAUGGUUAGUUGUUACGUCGGUUAUCAAGAAGGUUUCCUUCAGUGUAAGAUCGGUUGAAAACAAGAUGGUGUAUCAAAUUUUGGGAGGUGAUAGUAAUGCUAGCUCGUUGUCUAACAGCGAGUCUCAUAUUGAUGUUGUCAGUUUCAGAAAUGACAAUGGCAUGUUGGUACCGAUCGUUUCUCAAGUUGCUAUAGCUAACACCAAGAUAGUUUGUCAUGCAUAUGAAUCCCCUGUGGAUGAAGCGUCAUCGUCUUUGAGUGCUGACGGCUUACGACGCUCCAAACGCAGGCAUGUCCAGCCCGAGCGUUACCUUGGUUGCGAAGUUAAAGAGUUGGAUGUUGGUUCUUUUAGAAACAGUCCGCCGGUUAGGAUAAAUACAUCCAACAAAGAAGACGGAAUGUCGUUGUCUUUAGCGUGCUUUUUGCGUUUGCAACAAAGCCGUCGCGAAAAGGAUGGUGAGAAAUCUCAGAACUCCGACAGACCGAAUACCGACCGAAAGCUUCUAGUGUACAACCGGAGGCCUAAAAACCGAGAAGUGAAGAAGUCUUGUGAGAUUGAUCAAAAUGAACAUCAUAAUCCACUUGCUAUUAUUCCUCUCCCUGAUCAUGAUGCUGAUCCAAUAGCAGUGGAGCAUUGCGAUCUAAACAGAAACGUUAUUAGAAGUAAUGAACAUGAAUCAUCCGAAAUUUCUCUCAAGUAUCAUCAUUUGGUUAAUAGUCCUAAACCAUGGAAGAACAUUAACUUGUUAGAUUCUUCUGGCAAGUCAGAAGAAGCUGAAAGUAGCGAUACUGCUUUUUUGAGAAGUAAAUUUUUCGCCUCCUCUAAGUUGCAAAAGAAGAGUUUGGGUGGUUUGGAUGAUAUGGAUCUUGGAAAUAGAUGGGAAGGGAUAAAAAGAAAAUCCAAAAAAGGUUUUCGUGAGGGAAAAUAUCGUUCGACGUAUUUAAGAAAUAACGCCGAAGGAAGAAGUCAUAACUAUAAAGACAGAUCAUUAAAUGCAACUGCAUACAAGGAUUUGAUAAAUUCAUAUUUAUCGAAUAUUAAUGAAAUACCCGUCAAAGAAGAGCCACCUAUUACCGAUCAAUGGAAACAAAGUAACACAACAAAUGACGUUGGAAAAAAGGAGGAAACCGAGACUUCUCAUGGAGAGGAUGGGGAUGAAAAAGCUGCACUCGAUAUAUUGUGGAAAGAACUUGAAGUGUCGCUUGCAUCGAGUUAUUUUGAAGAAUCAGAGGUUUCGAAUGCGAUUGUUCCUUACGAGGCUGAGAAAAUUUUGAAAAAAGAUUGUGAACAUGAUAAUAGAUUGGAUGAAGAAAUUGGAAUAUACUGCAUUAGAUGUGGAUUUGUCACCACCGAUAUCAGAGAUGUUAAUCCAAUCUUUGUUGAAAACUCGGUGUGGCGUCAAGAGGAGAAACAGCGUGAUGCAGCAGAAGACAAAGAUCCUUCGAAGGCUGAUGAAGACGAUGAUUUCCAUUUCUUUCCGACCAAUGUUUCUCCCGACGAACCAAUAUCUGAAGCAAACGAAAGCGUUUGGUCGCUAAUUCCAGAACUCAAAGACAAGCUGCACGUGCACCAAAAGAAAGCUUUCGAGUUUCUUUGGCAAAACAUCGCAGGCUCUACAGAUCCAAGACUAAUUGAAGCAGAAUACAGAAAAAGAGGUGGAUGUGUGAUAUCUCAUACUCCUGGAGCCGGAAAAACUUUUCUCAUCAUUGCUUUUCUCGUAAGCUACUUGAAGUUAUUCCCGGGGAAGCGACCUCUAGUUCUUGCACCGAAAACAACUCUCUACACGUGGUAUAAAGAGUUUAUCAAGUGGGAGAUUCCUAUACCGGUGUAUUUGAUUCACGGUCGCAGAACCUAUAGAGUAUUCAAGCAGAAUAAUUUUGCUUCUCUUCCCGGGGUUCCCAAGCCUACCGAUGACGUCAAGCAUGUUUUGGAUUGCCUUGAGAAGAUACAAAAAUGGCAUUCGCAUCCGAGCGUUCUUAUCAUGGGCUACACUUCGUUUUUAACAUUGAUGCGAGAGGAUUCGAAGUUUGCUCACAGAAAGUUUAUGGCUAAAGUGUUGAGGGAAAGUCCGGGACUAUUGGUACUUGAUGAAGGCCACAAUCCUAGAAGCACUAAGUCGAGGUUGAGAAAAGUUUUGAUGAAAGUACAAACCGAGUUGAGAAUAUUACUUUCCGGGACUUUGUUUCAAAAUAACUUCUGCGAAUACUUCAACACUCUUUGCUUGGCAAGACCGAAAUUCGCUCACGAAGUACUGAAAGCAUUAGACCCUAAAUACAGGAAGAAAAAGAAAGGAGCGGAACGGAAAGGAGCAGAGAAAGCACAAUAUUUAAUCGAGUCACGGGCUAGAAAGUUCUUCUUAGAUAAUAUCGCUAAGAAAAUUGACUCGAACGUUGGUGAGGAAAGGCUUCAAGGCUUAAACAUGUUGAGAAAUGUGACGAACAGUUUUAUCGAUGUUUAUGAAGGUGGAAGUUCCGACGAUUUACCUGGUAUACAGAUUUACACAUUGCUAAUGAAUACAACUGAUAUACAGCAUGAGAUUCUGCGGAAACUGCAUAUUGACAUGGCUAAGUGCAGUGGAUAUCCUCUUGAGUUAGAGCUUUUGAUAACACUUGGAUCGAUUCAUCCUUGGUUGGUCAAAACAGCGGUAUGUUCUCAGAAGUUUUUAACAAAGGAACAAUUGUCUGAUCUUGAUAAGUACAAGUUUGAUUUGAAAAUAGGUUCAAAAGUUCGAUUCGUUUUGAGCCUUAUCUAUCGCGUUGUCAAGAACGAAAAGGUUCUUAUCUUUUGUCACAACAUUGCACCUGUGAGACUAUUUCAAGAGUAUUUCGAGAAGUACUUUGGAUGGCAAAAAGGCCGCGAAGUUUUAGUACUAACCGGGGAGCUUGAGCUCUUCGAACGUGGCAAAAUAAUGGAUAAAUUCGAGGAGCCGGGUGGAGCAUCAAAGAUACUACUUGCUUCAAUCACAGCCUGUGCUGAAGGCAUUAGUUUGACAGCGGCUUCGCGUGUGAUCAUGUUGGAUUCGGAGUGGAAUCCUUCGAAAACAAAGCAAGCUAUUGCACGCGCGUUUCGUCCGGGUCAGCAGAAAAUGGUUUAUGUUUAUCAGCUAUUGGUGACGGGUUCGUUGGAGGAAGAUAAGUAUCGACGAACCACGUGGAAAGAAUGGGUGUCGAACAUGAUUUUCAGCGAGGCGUUUGUCGAGGAUCCUUCUCGUUGGCAAGCUGAGAAGAUUGAAGAUGAUAUUCUGCGCGAAAUGGUCGAGGAAGAUAAGUCAAAAUCAUUUCAUAUGAUCAUGAAGAAUGAAAAAGCUUCAACAAACAAAUAAAAGCAAAAGGAAUCACUAGAUCUUGGAAAAAAGUGAUUCCAAAUAAAGGACUAUUUGAAGCACCAAUAAAGGAUCCAAGACCACUUCUCAUCAAGCUUCUUUAUGGAGAGCUCUUUAUGAUGUUUAGUUUUUUUUCUCAUAAUUUAACAUAACAAGCUAAUCCUGAAUAAAACAUUAUGGUUAAAGUUGAUCCAUGUGGUCGACUUCAUUGAGUGGGAUAAAGCUUGGUUGUUGUUAUAACGUUUUAGAUAACAUAUUAUGGUAAAAAUUGAUCCAUGUAGCCGACUCUACUUGGUGGGAUAUGGCUUGGUUGUUGUUGUAAUGUUCUGAAUAAAAUAUUAUGGUGAAAGUUGAUCUAGUAGCCGACUCUAGUUAGUGAGAUAAGACUUGGUUGUUGUUGUAAUGUUUUGAAUAAAAUAUUAUGGUGAAAGUUGAUCUAGUAGCCGACUCUAGUUAGUGAGAUAAGACUUGGUUGUUGUUGUAAUAAGUUGUUGGAUUUGGUUAUGACAUAUUGUAAUUAUGUACUUGUACCAGUGAUAAAUAUUGGACAUGUUUUUCUCUUUCAA